UCACGUGUUUAUCUCCCUAUGGUUAAAGAGAAAUGGGACCGAAAGAAGAUGAGAAAUCGCCAGAGAACGAACCGCCUAGGGUUAAUCCAAUUACGGAAUCCCAGUUCCUCGCUUGGAAGCGCCAGAAGGAUGGAGAUACAUCAGCUAAGAAAGCCGAGGCAGCUAGAAAACGUGCUGAAGAUAUAGCAGCCGGGACCGUGCAAAUGAAUGGACGGGAGCUUUUCUUACAUGAACCUUGGGUGUUCGAUAACUCCCAAUAUUGAGGUUGCUUCAAGGAACGGCCAUGAAUCGUUUAUUCUGGUAAGAGAUAAUCCAUGCAAAUACAGGCUUCUAUCCCUUGAGUUUCUUUCAGAGAAGGAAGUCAUUGCCAAAAAAAUAAACAUUUAUAGGAUUUCGAUUACGAUAUUGACUGUGUAUUAAAUCAUUUUACCCUUCCGCCUUUGUUGAUACUUUGACUGCUAAGGUCAAUUGAUUAUCCCAUACUGUUUAAUGAACUCUAAUUUGUUA